AUGGCCAAAGAUCAAGAAAAUGCUUCCGAAGUCGACUCGGAGCGUCCCAAAUGUUUCAACAGCACAUUCCAAGAAGUUCUCUUCGUCUUGACUGCCACAAUGGCCAUUGGCCAGCAGUCAUUCUUUCAGGGCUGCAUCGUGGGAGUAACCGCAUCGAUUGGCAAAGAUCUACACAUGAAUGCCGCUGAAAUCACCUGGAUCAAUGCCGGUGCUUCUCUCACCAGCGGCGCCUUUCUACUUACCUUCGGGAAGUUGGCCGACAUGUUCGGACGGAAGGUGCUCUUCAUCAUCGGCAUGGCCGGUUUCACUUUCUCGCUCCUCAUCGCGGGCUUCGCAACAAACGCCAUUUAUAUGAAUGUCUUCUCGGGAAUUUUAGGGUUAUUUGCAGCCGCUGUCGUCCCACCUGCGGUUGGCACCCUGGGUGCGACUUACGAGAAGCCCUCGAAGCGAAAGAACCUUGCCUUUGCCUGCUUCAGCGCGGGAAACCCGCUUGGAUUUGUCGGCGGCAUGAUCAUCUCCGGUGUCGCGGCGCAGUUGUAUAACUGGCGCGCUUCUUUCUGGGCUCUCGCUGUUGUCUAUGCUAUCUUCACCAUUUUGACCGUGUGGACGGUGCCGGCUGAUGGGUUUGAUAGGGCGCCUUUGAGCGUGAAUGCUUUGAAACAGUUCGAUCUUCUUGGAAUGAUGUUGGUUAUUGUUGGGUUUGCGUUCUUUUCGAGUUCGCUUUCUCUUGCUGCAGAUGCACCGAAUGGCUGGAAAACGGGAUAUGUCCUUGCUCUGUUUAUUGUGGGCUUUUUCCUCCUCGUGGCGUUCCUCUACUGGCAGUCCAUUGCUACGCACCCUCUGAUGCCUCUUUGGGUCUGGCGAGACCGUAACUUCUCUCUGCUCAUUGGAACUUGCUGCAUUGGCUUCAUGGGGUUCUCUGCUGUCAGCUUCUUCCUCUCUCUCUAUCUUCAAAACCUAAAGCAUCUGUCUGCCCUAGAGAUCACCGUCCAGCUACUCCCUAUGGUUGUCAGCGGGGUGCUAGUCAAUGUCGUCUGCGGUCUGGUUCUGCAUCGCGUAAGCAACAAAAUUUUGACCGGCAUCGGAGCAUUGGCAUAUACGGCCUCGUUCCUUAUCCUGAGCUUCAUGACACAAGAAGCGUCCUACUGGACAUUUAUUUUCCCAGCAUUAGUUCUUGUCGUUGUUGGUGCUGACAUUCAAUUUAACGUCACAAAUAUGUAUGUGAUGUCCACCCUCCCACCUUCCCAACAAUCUAUCGCUGGUGGUAUCUUCAAUACUGUCAACAAGCUAUGCAGCAACCUGGGUCUUGGUAUUGCUACGUCUGUGCAAAGCUCGGUCGCUCUUCGCAUGACUGCCUCCUCACCUGCUAUUCGACCUUAUCUCUCGGUUUAUUGGUUUGCCGCUGCGGCUUCGGGAGCGUCUUUGAUUUUGGUGCCGUUUUUGAGUAUUGGUAAACAAGGAAACUCUGUCCCACAAAACGCCCGGUUGAUUCCCGGCGAUGAGACUGGCGAGGAGGUUAGCGAGAAGACCGGCAUUACUGCCACUACUAAUCCUGUGAUUUCUUCUGGUGUUGAUAUCACGGAGCACAAGAAGAGAUAG